AUGGGGCUCAAGAUCAGAACCUCUUUUUUUGUGCUGGGAAGGAUUGUAAGCUCAUCAAAGCCAUUUCCAACCUAUGGAUUCCAUUCUCGACUUUUCAGUACCAACAAUACUCCAAAAACCUCGAAACCUCUGAGAAUUUUAUUUUGUGGUUCCGACGAUUUUAGUUGCGAAUCUCUUCGUUCUUUAGUGGCAGAACAACAAUCGGAUCCAAAAGGAAUCGCUUCUAUCGACGUUCUCAUUCGACCAGGUAAAAGGUUCGGAAGAGGCUUGAGGGAAACUCGUGAAGUCCCGCUGAGGGAAGUGGCCGAAGAGUUGAAUCUUCCUAUACAUGAGAGAGAUACAUUCACCGGAUGGGAUUUGCCAAAACCAAAUGGAGAAUCAAUCAACCUCAUUGUAGCUGUUUCGUUUGGUCUGUUUGUACCACCACGUAUCCUCAACAGUGCUGAAUAUGGUGGAAUCAACGUUCAUCCUUCCCUGUUGCCACAAUACCGAGGAUCUGCUCCAAUCCAUCAUGCAAUUAUAAACGGAGACACAAUUACUGGUGUCACACUUCAAACUUUGGAUCCUCAUAAGUUUGACCAUGGCACUAUUCUCAGUCAAGAAGGUUUCCCUAUUCCACAACCAAGAACAAUAAAUUAUCAAGGCCUUUUGGACUUUGUCACACCAAAGGCCGCGGAUUUGCUCGCAAAGGGUGUUAGAAAUCGAGUCUUCGUAAACCCAGAGUCGGAUCAAGCGAUCAAGCCUGCGCCCAAGAUUAGCCCUGUUGCUAGAUACAUUAACUGGGAAGAAGGGUUAUCUGCCGACGUCGAACGGAGACACCGGGCACUUGGUAGACUUUGGUGUUAUACACGUACUUGGUGGUCAGGCAAGAAUAAAAAAAGGACAAUCUUCCAUGAUUUCGAGGUUGUACCACUACCAAAACAAUCUGUGGUGAUCCCAGAACGGGUAUAUAAUUUAUUCCCAUCGUGGGAAUAUUUCUGCACUCCUGUCUAUGCAGAUCCUACUCAUCCAGGAUCUAUCAUCAUUCCAACUGUACAAAAUGGAGUGGGGCUCCGAGUCAAACAAAUUCUCGUAGAAGGUCAGGUGGUCGGUUCGGCCAUUGAUGUUGUGCAUAAAGUAUCGGGUUUCACCAAAGACCCAAAUGAUGAUGCUUCUAUGUUCAUGUCUGUAGCAUUGACGGAUAUAUCGGAGGAUGGUCAGCCAGUUCUGCGUGAAGGUAAAGGCGUUGAGUAUGCAGCGAAACACCUCCUUCCAACCAAGACGUUAAAAAUCAACCGGGCGCGCCUUAUUGAUCCCAUCCCCAAGAAUUGA